AUAUUUGGCUCUUUUACGUGUGGCUUCUUUUAACAGCCUCAUUCUCUCUCUAUUGGUCGGAAAAACACAGAAGGCUUCUCGCUGUCUACCACUCUCUCUGUCUUUACAAUCGAAACAGAGAGAGCCCCAAAAAUCAUAUUUUUCAUUCAAUCCUUGGCCACAAAUCAAAGAUGCUUUCAGCAAAAUCAGAGUCCGAUAUCACAAGCUUAGCUCCAUCUUCACCUUCGAGGUCGCCAAAGAGGCCAGUUUACUACGUACAAAGCCCCUCAAGGGACUCUCACGAUGGAGACAAGUCAUCGUCAAUGCAGGCCACGCCAAUCUACAACAACAGCCCCAUGGAGUCGCCUUCUCACUCCUCGUUCGGCCGCCACUCAAGGAACUCCUCGGCCAGCCGAUUCUCUGGGAUUUUUCGGUCCUCUUCGGGCAGAAAAGGCGGUAGCAGGAAGCAUCAGCAGCAUAAAAAUGACAAGGGUUGGCCUGAGUGUAAUGUGAUAAUGGAAGAAGGAGCUUAUGAUGAUAUUGAUAAAAGCUAUUCAAGGCGCGUUCAGGCCUUAAUUGCUCUCUUUAGUUUCUUUGUCCUCUUUACUGUGUUUUGUUUGAUCAUCUGGGGAGCUAGUAGGCCCUUCAAAGCAGAGAUUACUGUCAAGAGCUUGGCAGUGAAUAACUUGUAUGUUGGGUCAGGUUCAGACUUUUCUGGUGUCCCAACAAAGAUGCUAACAGUGAAUGGAUCAUUAAGACUAAGCGUGUACAACCCAGCAACCAUAUUUGGAAUCCACGUUAGCUCAACUCCCAUCGUCCUAAUUUAUAACGAGAUCACUAUUGCAACCGGUCAGUUGAAAAAGUAUUAUCAACCAAGGAAGAGCCGAAGAAGUGUGGUGGUGAACUUGAUAGGAAGUAAGGUUCCUCUUUAUGGAGCUGGGUCAACUUUAACAGUUUCCCAAAACGGUGCAGUGGUUCCAUUGACAAUAAAGUUUGAGAUCAGAUCACGAGGGAAUGUAGUGGGGAAGCUAGUGAGAACAAAGCACAAAAGGCAGAUUUCUUGCCCUGUUGUCAUCGAUUCCACUAAGACCAAACCCAUCAAGUUCAAGAAGAGGUCUUGCACCUACGACUAAAAAAUGCAUGUCGUUUUUGUUUUGUUUGACUUUUUGUGGAGAAUAAUAAAGGAAUAUCAUAUGUAUUGUAGAUAUGAAUGACGUAAUAAUAUAUGUCUCGUUUUGAUUACAUUAAA